AAAAGUAAUUAGUUAGGUUAUGAGUGUCAACUCGAAACUUCAAACAUGUUAGCGAAUCUAUUACCAAAACUGCGAAAUGGGACUUGCAUUUUAAGAUGUUAUUCCACCACAUUAACGCAGACAGAUGCUAUAGAACCUAGACACCUUCGAUUUCCCCCUGCGUACCAAAAACCUCGGCAAGUAUGGGUCGAAAAUAUGGACAGUAUCGACGAAAGAAAGUUAGGUUUGGUUGAGGUGCACCCUGAUGUUUUCGCCGCUAAUCCCCGCAUCGAUCUCAUCCAUCAGAACGUCAGGUGGCAACAGCUGUACAGGUAUGUCAGUUAUGCCCACACCAAGUCUAGAUUUGAAGUACGAGGAGGUGGUAGAAAACCAUGGCCACAGAAAGGUAUGGGAAGGGCCAGGCAUGGCUCAAUAAGAAGUCCUUUAUUCAAAGGAGGUGGUGUCAUCCACGGUCCUAAAUCACCAACCCCACAUUUUUACAUGCUACCAUUUUACACUCGCUUGAAUGGAUUAAUAUCCACAUUAUCUAUUAAGCUAGCUCAAGAUGAUCUACACAUUGUAAAAGACCUGGAGCUGCCAACAGAUGAAAAAUCAUUUAUAGAAGAAUUAGUCAAGAGCAGAAACUGGGGACCCUCUGUUCUGUUUGUAGAUGAAGUUGACAUAAUGCCAAGGAAUAUAACUGCUGCCACAGAUGAAAUUAAACAUAUAAAUCUAAUGCCUGUGUAUGGGUUAAAUGUUUAUUCAAUGUUAAAGCAUGAUACUCUUGUUCUGACUAGAGGGGCAUUGGAUCUUAUAGAAGAUAAAUUAUUGACACAUCUGCACAAAAAUGAUACUAGAAGUGUUAUGGCUAAAUAUAAGCUAAAUCAAGUUUAAUUUUGUUAUGUAAUAAAGUUUUUUUGUGUUAAUAA